AUGGCAUGUAGCCGCGUCUUUUCGGACCCUCCGUCCAAGAGCAUCUUUAGGACCUUCGCGGUCAUGUUGCUGUCUAUACUCGCGUCUUUAUACUUUCUCCACUGCCUCACGGAGCGAUGCGGGACCUGUAUACCCACAGAGAGAAGAGAAACGAGUCCGGUGGAGGGAUUUUACGUCUCGAAACUGAAAGAUUUUGAGUCGCUGAGGAGAAAGAGACUUCAGAAAUGGACCUCCACGGGACAUCUGGUGAUGAGGCACCACAGCUUAAUCCACCGGCUCGAAAGGGUCAGUGAAGAGGAUCUACCUGGAAUUGAGGCAAAUGAACACAUUUUUCAGGCACACGUAAAGCUGUCGAACUCUUUGGAUGUAGAUCUGGAGCCGGUAGGCUCGUAUUUUGAUACAGGUAAACUAAGCGCGUUAGGUGAGGGCAGUAAGAAGCUGCCUCAGGCGAUCAUCAUCGGCGUGAAAAAAGGCGGAACGCGCGCGUUGCUGGAGUUUCUGCGCGUGCAUCCAGAUAUUCGCGCUGUCGGUGCGGAGCCGCACUUCUUCGAUCGUAACUAUGACAACGGACUGGACUGGUACAGGGACCUGAUGCCUAAAACCCUGGAGGACCAGAUCACCAUGGAGAAAACACCAAGCUACUUUGUGACCCGCGAGGCUCCGGCCCGGAUCUACGCCAUGUCCCGCGACACCAAGCUGAUCGUGGUGGUCCGGGACCCCGUCACUCGAGCCAUCUCUGACUACACGCAGACACUGUCCAAGAAGCCUGACAUUCCUACUUUUGAGAGCCUGACAUUCAAAAACAGGACUACAGGGUUGAUCGACACCUCGUGGAGCGCCAUUCAGAUCGGCAUCUACGCCAAACACCUGGACAACUGGCUGCAGUUCUUCCCCAUGAGCCAGAUCCUGUUCGUGAGCGGAGAGCGGCUGAUCAGUGACCCGGCCGGAGAGCUGGGCCGCGUGCAGGACUUUUUGGGGCUCAAGAGGAUCAUCACAGACAAACACUUCUACUUCAACCAGACCAAGGGCUUCCCUUGUCUCAAAAAGGCAGAGGGCAGCAGCAAGCCCCAUUGCCUGGGUAAAACCAAAGGGCGGACCCAUCCAAACAUUGACCCUGAGGUCGUGCAGAGACUUAGAGACUUCUACAGGCCUUUCAACAUGAAGUUCUACCAGAUGACUGGCAGGACAUUUGGAUGGGAUGACGGAUAGUAGACAGUGAAAUAGACCCUGGAUUUUGAAACAAGGGAGAAACAAUUAUACUGUGACCUCACCAACAAAAAAAAGUGGUCCAAUCUGGUUGUGGAAAAUUAUAGUAAAAUCCACAUCCAACUCAAGUUAGGUACGGAACACUAUGAACAAAUGUCAAAAACAGGAGUAAAUGUCCUCACACUGCUAUUACUGUUCCAGAUUCUAUUUAACUUCAGAUUCCAGAUUCAAAAAUGACAUUUUGACCAUUUACAUCAGGCAAAAAGAUACAGACAAAAAGAGGUUUAUACAUUACCUUUUUUUGAAUAGUACUCCUUUUUUUACCCAAUCAGACUUUAGCCAUAUUUGUCAUUUAAACAGCCAUAUACCGUACCGUAAGAGGACCUA